CGCGGCACCUUCAAUCAGAAAUGAGAGGGAAAGAUAACCAAAGAACCAUUCCACAAACCUUCUCUCUCAAUCUCUCACCGAUCUUUCUCCGGGCGUGCUUCAGAUUCAGAGACAGGUUUUUUAUUGCUGGGUUUUGGCCAAAUUUCUUGUUGGAGCAUCGAUUCUUCGUUGAUUCAUCCAUACAGGAUUCAUGUAGGAUAGUUAUUCUCGAAAUCAAUGUUUGGGUUUGGGAGAAAGCCCCCGGCGCCAGGGGGGUCCACGAGUGCAGGUUCCGAGGAGAAAAAUGGCGGUGGUGGGAUAACGGCAGGGAGGAGGACGUCUUCUGAACCGGCACUAGAGAGCAUGUCCGUGCAAGAGCUGGAGAACUACGCCGUGAACCGGGCAGAAGAGACCACUAACACCGUCAGCAAUUGCCUGAAGAUUGCGGAGGACAUCCGGCAGGACGGGUCUAGGACGCUGGAGAUGCUGCACCAGCAAGGGGAGCAGAUCCAUAGGAUCCAUGAGAUGGCUGUCGAGAUGGACCGCGAUUUGAGCAAGGGGGAGAAGUUGUUGAAUAGUCUUGGGGGCAUGUUCUCUAAGCCAUGGAAGCCAAAGAAGACUAAGGAGAUCUCUGGGCCUUUGACUUCCAGAGAUGACAAUAACUACAAAGCAAAGCAGAGUAGGAAAGAGCAAAGGGAGAAGUUGGGGUUAAAUGGGAAUAAGGGGAAAUCAGCUCCCGCAACACCUCCGUGCGAACCCACGAACGCAUUGCAGAAAGUAGAGAUGGAGAAGGCAAAGCAAGACGACGCGCUCUCCGACCUCAGCAACAUAUUGGGUGAACUCAAGGGAAUGGCCACUGAAAUGGGCACUGAACUUGACAGCCCAAGUGUCUUAUUGUCCAAUCCAGUUAUCUCAACCUAAUCCUAAAUUCUAUCAGUUAAUUACUACCUCCGUCCCACUCUCUUUGUUCACUUUUGACUUUUGGAACUGUUUAUCUAAACACUUUGACUCAUCAAAUUCUCUCAAUGUGUAAGCCUAAAUAUAGUCAUGUGUGAUCUUGUUUGAUUUGUCUUAACAUAUAGAUUAUUAAUAUAUAAUUUCUAUAAUUUUUUAAUAUACAAAUUACAAGAUAAAAUGGAUUAAAGAAGUGCAUUGGAUGGUGUGCCAAAAGGUAAGUGGACAAAGAGAGUGGGACGGAGGGAGUAUUCAAAACUUUAAACGCUGAUUAUGAAUGUUACUUUCUAACGGCUCCGCGAUGAAUUAUAGGCAAAACAAAGCUUUGGACCAUCU